AUGGGACAAUACCUCCUGUUGUACUGCGCAAGUGUUCUUGCUUUGGCAGCGUUUUCAACGGCAGUUAUACCAAGCUCUGGGUGUGGAAAGGUUAUCCCACUCGGUAUCGUACCUGGCCAAACAACGCCUUUUCAGAUUGCUGCGACUGCCGAUCAACCCGUUCGUCACUACAACGUAUGGAUUCCAGCUGAUUUUCAGAACGAUCGACCACAUGCAGUGGUUUUCUCCUUCCAUGGUCACAAUGGUGACAUGGCUAAACAAGAAGAUCUAUCUCAGUUCUCUCAGAGCGAACUACUUAUUAAUCAUUCAGGAAUUAUUGCGGUUUAUCCUCAAGGAAUACUAGGAACCGAUAAAGAAUCUGCUUGGCAAGGCGCACCUUACUCUGCUGCUGGCGUAGAUGAUAUUCUAUUUGUGAAGACGAUGAUCUCGACUUUGGAAGACAUGUUCUGUGUGGAUUCAUCUCGAAUCUAUGCAGCUGGCAAAAGUAAUGGUGGAGGAUUCGUGAACCUAUUAGCUUGCACGCCAUCAAUUGCUGCAAAAAUUGCCGCUUUUGCAACUGUAUCAGCAGCUUUCUAUACAACUACAUUCAACGGAGAUUGCCCUACUAACCGCGCUUUACCCAUUCUUGACUUUCAUGGCACUAACGACACUGUCGCACAAUACAACGGUGGACAUUCACAUGGUGCUACGGAAGUUAGCGUGGACACUUUCCGAUUAGGCUGGGUAUCACGCAAUGGUUGUCAAGGUGGCCCAGCAAUUUCUUAUUUGCCGACAGAAACUGAUCCUGAACAAUUGGUUGAGAUUCAAACAUGGAACACGAACUGCUUAGCAGAUAGUAUCGUUGUUGGAUACAAAAUUACGAAAGGAGAUCACGCCUGGCCUCGUACGACAUUGCCAAAAAAAUGCAACGGAGUCGUCAGCACCCAUGAUUGUACCACUACUGUCUUUGAUGCAACACCGAGUGUCAUUAUCCCUUUCUUCAACAAAUAUACGUUAUAA